AUGCAGACUAGACACGACGAAUUAGGAGACGCUUCAACGCGUGCACAUUCUCUUGAUGAUAUCUACUAUUAUGGUGGACAACAGAUUUGCGACUGGGAGGCGGUGGUUGGACAUCGGCCCCUAAACCUCCAAGCCGGUGAUAAAAUCAGAAUGUAUGGUAAUCAUUGGAAUGGUGAGGCCAAAGUAUCUAUCAACGCUGGCCCUGAGAAGAAAAUGGCACCAACCUAUAAAUUCAAGCCAUGUGUUCUCGCUGCCAAGAUGGGUGAAUAUCGGGACAGCUAUGACAUUGGAAAUACCUCCUUUUUUGACCAGAGCCACUUUUAG